UAGUGUUCAGGAAAUGGUUUCCAAGUCUUCUGCAUGAUAAGCUAGAGAGGAGGAUGGAUGCCACUCAGCAGAUUAACGAUCCCUUCUCUGAAGAAGAAGAAGAAGAACAGGAAGAGGAGGAGAAAGGAGGACCAGAAAGAGAACAAUUAGCAACACUGAAGGUGUUCAAAAAUGACCACAUACCAGAGACAGAAUUCCCUCUGUACGUCGGAGAGAAUGUCAUCGGUCGUGAUCCUGCUGCCUGUUCUGUUCUGCUUCCGGCCCGAUCUGUAUCCAGUCGGCAUGCUGUCAUCUCCAUCUCAGUGUUCCGCUCUAGCAGCGAUCGUUUCGGUAACGGUGAUGAUGUAGAAGCACUUUUAUGGGACAUGGGCAGUUUGAAUGGAACCAGAAAAGGCAGAUUGAAGCUGACGCCUCAGGUACGAUAUGCUUUGACCGAGGGAGAAAGUGUGGUGCUCGCUGAUGUGCCGUGUCAGUAUGUUGCCCUGAACAUCUCGAAGGAAGAUACACGCAUAACUCCAGAGAAAGAAGGAGUUUCCAAAAAGGAGAAAAAUUCAGGUCUGGUGUUAUCAAGCAGUGACUCGGAGUCAGAGUUGCGUAAAGGUGUGCAGAACAGGUUGAAAGUGAAAGAGAGGAGCGUUUUGCCUCCUGUGCCUUUAUGGAGCUCUGAGGAUGAACAACCCAAGGUGAGUUCACCACAGCCAGCUCACAAACUGCCUGAGAUCACCCUGGUGCCUGAAUCGGACUCAGACGGAGAGAGCGCCCCGGAUGAAAGGAAAGAUUUUGUUUCAGACUCUGCAUCCUCCUCUCAUCCAUGUAGUUCCACAGAUUCAUCAUUCCUGACCCCUGCAAAAGUCAUUCCAGAGAGUGAGGAUGAAAGUUCCAUCACUCCAUCUUCUGCUUCAAUAGACCGGUUCAGACUGAGGCAAACCCCUGAUUUAAACUCAUCUAACCCUAGCCCUCUAGUCUUAAAUCUGGACAGUGACAUUGAUUUUGAAGAAAAGGACAUGGAGAAAAGCAAGUCUGAAGCAGAGGCCCAGCCUGAAUUGGCUCCAAAAGUGGAACCAGUACCUUCAGCUGAAUUUCAUAUGGACAGUGAUACUGAUGUUGAGGAAGAGGAAGCAGAAGCAAAUAAGCCUAAACCAGAGGCUCAAGAAGCAGUAUCUCUGGAGAAAUCUGUGUCCUCGGUUGGACUUCAUAUGGACAGUGAUACUGAUGUUGAAGAAGAAAAGGAAGAGAAAAAUAAAACUGAACCAGAGGUUCAGAUUGAUCAAGUUCCAAAGGUGGGACCUGCAUCUUCAGCUGAUCUUCAUAUGGACAGUGAUACUGAUGUUGAGGAAGAGGAACCAGAAGCAAGUAAGGCUGAACCAGUGGCUCAAGAAGCGGUAACUCUUGAUAAAUCUGUCUCUUCAGUUGGACUUCAUAUGGACAGUGAUACUGAUGUUGAAGAAGAUGCAGAAGAGAAAAACAAGACUAAACCGAAGGUUCACACUGAAGAAGCUCCAAAGGUGCCAUCAGAUCUUCAUAUGGACAGCGAUACUGAUGUUGAGGAGAAUGAGGCUUCUAUAACUGAAAAUGUCUCUAGAAUAGAAGCAGUUUCAAAAAAUCCUCCAUCAGCAGCAGCACCACAUACAGAAUUCCACAUGGACAGUGACACUGAUGUUGAAGAUGAAAAUCCCAUCAAGGUUUCUACUGCUACAGAGGUUUCACAUCCUGCUGGAAAGGAAAGUGAUGUCAGACCUACAACAGCGUCAGGGACAGACAUCCACAUAGACAGUGGCACAGAUGUAGAUGAAGAGAAUGAGGACAAGGAAAAGGUGAUCACCAAAGAUCUUCUGUCCAACAGUGAAACAGAUGAUGAGGAUCCUUUUAAACCUUUACCAGGCAAAGCUGUGAAGGUUGCACAGAGUCACAAAGUUUCUGUAGGGAGCAAAGCAGAGCAAUCCGAAAAGAGCACCCAUAAAAAACAAGACUAUCAUUCUCAAGGAAAGACUAAUCUUGAGGAACCAACCCAAGCUUUUGGUGACUUAGAAGAAGAUUGGGACCUAAUGCCCACACAAGCAUACGGAGCUGCUGGAGCCAGUGCUAGGCUCAAGCCAAAGCAGCUUGAUCUUGAGGCUACACAGGCAUAUGGAGCAGAGACAGACAGGGAGGAAGAGCAGGAGCCUUUGAACCAAACCCAACCAUACUCCAACCUCUCAACUGCUGAAACUCAACUCAUCCCUGUAGCAAAGCCUGAUGAUGAGGAAGAAGAUGAAGAUGAAGAGACACAAAAUGACUCGCACCUUUCCACAGCAGACACUCUGAUCAUAGCCAGCACCCCAAAACGGGAGGAGCAGACACAGCCAUUUUCUCUUUUCACAGCCCAAACACAACUUGCCUUUGAGGAAGAAAACAAAGAGAUUUAUCAGAAUGAGCCUACCCAGCUCAUGACUGACACCAUGGAUGAAACACAGGAGGGUGAGGAGAACAUGAAAGGAGGUAGGAGAACCCAUGGUGAAGGAACAGUAGGCAAAGGUAAAAACACCAAUUCCUGUCUUAUAAUUGCUGAAACUCAGCCCAUGUGUGAGGAAGAAGAUGCAACAGAUGCCGAUCUGAGUGGGGACAGCUUUCAGAAACCAAGUACAAGACAACAGGCUGAGAAAAGAGAUUCUGUUGAUGAAAACAACUUCAGCUCCCAUCUUACUAUAGCUGAAACGCAACCAAUGUGUGAUGAGGAAGAAGCACCAGAUCAGGACAAUGUGGUCAGCAGUACACUUAUAGAAAAACCUUCCACUUCCCAUAUCAUCAUUGCUGAAACACAAUCAAUGUUUGAGGAAGAAGAAGCACCAGAGGAUGAUGUCAACAAAAGACAAACCGAAGAUGAGCCCAUGCAUAAUAUUGAAAAAGCCUCUACCUCCAGUCGUGCCAUCCCUGAAACACAGCCUGUUGCCGAAGACAAUGAGGGACAAGAGAAAGAGCUCAGCAGCAAGAUGUCCAUCAGAAGAUCACGCAGGUGUAGACCAAAAAAAGAAGACCUAAAACCUGCAGAGGCUGCUGUCGAUCACACUAUAGCAGAAACACAACCAAUGUGUGAGGAAGAACAAAGUGAGGAUCUGAAAAGUGAGGUCAGCUCUGGGACACAGAGUAAAAGCCAACAAGCACAUGAAUGCAAGCCUCUAGAACUUGCUGAAACAGACUUGAAAGUAUGUGUCACUGUUGCAGAAACGCAACCUAUGUGUGAAGAAGAGGCACCAUGUGAAGAUCUGAUUGAUGCGGUUAGCACCAGGCAGAUAAAUGAAGAUAGAUCCGCAGAACUCCCAAUCCCCUCUAGCUCCCAUGUCAGCGUAGAUGAAACACAGCCUAUGCAUGAGGAAGAUGAAGGACAGAAAAAAGACCUCAGCAGCAAGUUGGCAAGCAGAAGUUCACGUAGGGGAAGACCAAAGAAAGAUGAUGAGGUAGCACAAGCUGCUGAGGCUGCUGUUCGUCAGACUAUUACAGAAACCCAGCCAGUUCCUGUAGAAGUGAUUGAAAGGGAUGAAGAUCUUAACAGUGGAGUGAAAUCCAGGAGAUCCCGCAGAGGAAGGCAGAUAAAAGAGGACAUUGUUCCACAACCUGCUGAAGCUGCCGUCAGCUCCAUUCCCAUUAUCACGGAAACGCAGCCUGUCAAUGAGGACAGAACUGAAAGGGAUGAAGAUAUGAGUAGCAUCAGAUCAAAAAGAACCUGCAGAGGAAGACAAAAAGAUGAAGGUGAACCUGCACAGUCUGCUGAACCAAACUCUGAUCUCAGUGUUGUUGAAACACAGCCCAUGGUUGAGGAGAAUGCUCUAGAAGAACCUAGUGGCAGAAGUAGCAGGAGACAGAAGAAAGUUAGGACAGAGGUGGAGAAGGAGAACGCCCUAGAAGAACCUAGUGGAAGAAGCAGUAGGAGACAGAGAAAAGACAAGACAGAGGUGGAGAGUGAGACAACUGCAUCUAGUAAAGUUCAAGGUAAAACUAGAAAAGGGCAGGAAGGAAAAAGAAAGAGGGGGAAAGUGUUAUCUGAGGACGAGGAAGAGAGUGAAGAAGACAAACCCACAAGGAGAGGAACCAGACGGACAGGUGUAAAAAAGAAGUGUAGUGAAAAGGAAGAAGAGGAAAGAUUGGAGGAGAGGGAUGCCCAAGAAGAGAAAGAGAGGAUGGAGAAAGAGCUCCAAGAACGAGAGGAGACAGAGAGGUUAGAGAGGGAAGAAAAGGAGAGACUGGAGUUAGAGAAAAAGAAACAAGAAGAACUUGAACAGAGGGAGAGGGCUGAAACAGAAAUGAGACAAAAACUAGAAAGAGAGCAGAAGGAAUUAAAGGAAAAAGAACGACUGAAAAGGGAAGAAGAGGAAAAAAAUAGAAAAGAAAAUGAGAGAAUUCAGAGGGAAAAAGAGGAAAAAGAUCGUUUGGAAAAAGAAGAGAAGGAGAGGUUGGAGAGGGAGAGGAAAGAACUAGAAGAACAAAGACGAAAAGAAGAAGAGAAAAAAAUAAUUCAGAGGGAAAAAGAAGAGAAGGAACGUUUCGAGAGGGAAAGGAGAGAACUAGAAGAACAAAGACAAAAAGAAGAAGAGGAAAGAAUCCAGAGGGAAAAAGAGGAAAAAGAUCAUUUGGAAAAAGAAGAAAAGGAACGGUUGGAGAGGGAGAGUAGAGAACUAGAAGAACAAAAACAAAAAGAAGAGGAGGAACAAAAAGAGAAGGAAAGAUUAGAAAAGGAAAAACAAGACAUUGAGCAACUUCAGAUGAGAGCAAAAGGACAGAAAAAGACAAAGGAGAGAAACCAGAAAGAGCAAAAAAAUGAGCAACUGGAGGAGGACAAGACAGAACUAGAAGCUCCUCUAGUUCCUCCAUCCAGACGAACACGCCGCUGCUCGAGCUCCUCUAUGAACUCGGAUCAGUCUGUAUCCUCACAACAGGAGGCGCCCGGCCAGAGGGGACGAGGGCGGGGCAGGGGGCGAGGCCGAGGCCGAGGGAAGCAGACAGCUGAUGAGCAACCCAUCAGUGCUAGACAAUCUAGCAGGAGAGGACCAGCUAGUGCAUUUGAAGACCCAGAGCAGGACUCCAAUUCAACAACCCGUUCCCGAUCCCGCUCCAGUUCUAGAAGUUCUGAAAGAUCUGCUCAAAGUAUCGGACCUUCCAACCAAGGGACGAGAGGAAGAGGCAGAGGCAGGAAGAGUACAAAGCUACCAGAACCAGAAGUUGUUCCCCAAGCUAAAACUCCUGGAAAAGGCAGGGGAAGAGGAGGAAGGCGUUCUGGUGCAGAGAAUGUAAAUGUCGGAAAAGACAAUGAGCAUGAACAAGAUGCUGAAGUGGUGGAGGACAGUGCUGCUGUACCCCAGACCAACAGCAGAGGUCGUAAGAGAGCAGCCAACACUAGCACAUCCCCAGAAGAGGCUUCUGCACCCACACCCAAGACUCCAAGGCGCUCUAUGGCUAGUCAGGCGCACAAGGUGUUAUUCACUGGGCUGACAGAUGAGGACGGAGAAAGAGUCGUCUCUCGGUUAGGUGGCAGUCUGGCAAAAGGAGUGAACGAUAUGACUCACCUGGUGACUGAUAAAGCGAGACGCACUGUUAAGUUUUUGUGCGCCGUUGCCAAAGGGGUGCCAAUCGUGACUCCUGAUUGGCUAAAGAAGUGUGGAAAAGCUGGCCAUUUCCUUUCUACUGAUGAAUAUAUAUUGAAAGACGCCGAGCAGGAGAAAAAGUUUAGCUUCAGCCUACAGAAGUCACUGCAAACUGCUCAAAGUCAACCACUUUUAAAGGGUUAUGAGAUUCACGUAACCCCUUCUGUGAUGCCGGAACCAUCUCAAAUGAAAGAAAUCAUUACCUGCUGCGGAGCACGCUUCCUCCCUAAAAUGCCCUCUGCUCAGAAGGAGCACACUGUGGUGGUGUCAUGUGAGCAGGACAGGGCGCUUUGUGAUAAAGCAGUGAGUCUGUCAUUGCCGGUGGUCAGCACAGAGUUUCUAUUGACUGGCAUUCUGCAGCAGAGACUUGACCUGCAGGCCUAUUCUCUCACUUCCUCUCUCAACGCAUCCAGUCAGCCUGCAGCCCCCAAAGCUGCUGCCAGGGGCCGAAGGAAGUAGCGACAAUGACAUAGGAAAGGACUUCUUGUUUAAUACAUUAGUGCCAGUCUGUGAUAGAAUCUGAUACAUGGAUGUUCAAGUUCAGAUUGCUUAAGUUAUGUGAUGCAUACUAUGUCAGUUUUACGAACACAGUAAUGAGUUAGAUGAGAUGCUGCUACACUUCUAACCACACACCCACUGAUUCCUGUGAA